AAAAUGUGAUAAUCAGUUGAUUUGACUCAGUCUUUCCGAUUGCUUGGUGUAAGAUGCAAGUUUCCUUCUUCCAAACUCAUAAGAAAUCGAAUCACAACUUGUAAUUGUUCAUUUGUUCAUCAGCCAUUGAUUAAAUCAAAAUGAAAUCUUCCGUUGCUACUGUCUUGAUUCUUGUUUUCACUUGUUCAACAACUGUUUCAUCCGAUAAAAAUUAUGAUCCAUUAUCUGCCCUUGAAAUUAGAGGCUUUGAUCCUGAUUAUAAGCUUCAAAUGCCAUUCCAUGGAUUGCUUCAGAAAUUUGCAACUUGCUUGAAAAAUAUUUUCACUCUUCAUCGAGGUAAGCUUGACGAGUUGAAAGGUAAACUGGACACUACCUUUGACCGAGUUUCGGUUGUGGAUGGAAAAUUGAAAGAAUAUGAAACCUCGUAUCAAGCGUAUCCAUCAAAAGGUUCAUGUGCUUGUCCUAGUGUGGAUCAAAUCUAUGGAAAGCUGAAAGAGUAUCCAACUAAUUUUGCAGUUAACUUGAAGUUGUUCCAAUUGGUUCCAUUGUGGGGUAAAGUUGGACGUCUUGAACAAAUGAUUUAUCAGAAUCACUACACACUCCGUAAUUAUUUGAAUUUUAUCCAACAAUUGGAGAGUCAUAACCGAUUCGUUAGGCCCAGGAAAGAUGUUAAUGUCACCGGUGAAAUAGAAAGAUAUUUGCAUUCAGUUGAGUCCGUCUCCGGGUAAAUUUUUGCAUUCCCAUUUCUUUCUUUAUGGUCCUUUACCUUGUUUGUUUAUCCUCAUUUAAAGAUGUCCUUUUGCUUUAAUAAUCAACUUUUUUCUAAAUAUCAACAUUGUAUCUCAUAUAAAUUAAUUGGUCAAUAAACGUGGUUUGAAAGAGAUGAAAA